AUGACUCUAAUCUCUCUCUCUCUCUCUCUCUCUCUCUCUCUCUCUAUCUAUCUAUCUAUCUGCUCUUUGUAUCUAUCUAUCUAUCUAUCUAUCUAUCUAUCUAUCUAUCUAUCUAAUUACAUCGUUAACCCCGUUUGUUUAGACUGUUUUAUCUAUCUAUCUAUCUAUCUAUCUAUCUAUCUAUCUAUCAUCUCACUCUGUUAUCUAUCUUUGUAUCUCUUUCAGUUUCUUCCUAUCUAUUUAUCUGUCUACCAAGCCCCGAAACCGAAGCCCCAAAUCAGAAGCCCCGAAACAGAAGCCCCAAACCAGAAGCCCCGAAACAGAAGCCCCAAAUCAGAAGCCCCGAAACAGAAGCCCCAAAUCAGAAGCCACAAAUCAGAAGGCCCAAAACAGAAGCCCCAAAUCAGAAGCCCCGAAACAGAAGCAAAAAAUCAGAAGACCCGAAACAGAAGCCCCAAAACAGAAGCCCCAAAUCAGAAGCCCCGAAACAGAAGCCCCAAAUCAGUAGCCCUAAUGCAGAAGCCCCAAAUCAGUAGCCCUAAAAAUAGAAGCCCCAGAACAGAAGCCCCAAACCAGAAGCCCCGAAACCGAAGCCCCAAAUCAGAAGCCCCGAAACCGAAGCCCCAAAUCAGAAGCCCCGAAACAGAAGCCCCAAAUCAGAAGCCCCUAAACAGAAGCCCCAAAUCAGAAGCCCCAAAUCAGAAGGCCCAAAACAGAAGCCCCAAAUCAGAAGCCCCGAAACAGAAGCCCCAAAUCAGAAGACCCGAAACAGAAGCCCCAAAUCAGAAGCCCCAAAUCAGAAGGCCCAAAACAGAAGCCCCAAAUCAGAAGACCCGAAACAGAAGCCCCAAAUCAGAAGCCCCAAAUCAGAAGGCCCAAAACAGAAGCCCCAAAUCUGAAGCCCCAAAACAGAAGCCCCAAAUCAGAAGCCCCAAAUCAGAAGCGUCUCUAUAA